AUGUUAACCUUGUUCGACAUAAGUUGUCCGUUCCAUGGGAAAGUGCUAACGAGCGCACAAAGAGAAGGUACAGCCGUAAAGCAAAAAAAAAAUGUUCAAGAGGUUCUUGAAGUAAUUGCUCCAGGACAAAGUGAUAAAUUAUUGACCACAUUAGGUGAAAGCUUACCAUCUGAGAGAACACAAGCCGAAGAAGAAAUUUUACAAGCCUUAGCAGAAAGCUAUUUAAACGCAACUCACUGGAGCACGAGAAGACAAAUUUUGUCCAUCUUGGCAGAUAAACUAUCGCUUAAGGAACUGACGCAUUACAUUCCCGGGGUGACGCCUUACAGAUUUAACAUCGCGCGGCAUCAUAGACUGUUACAUGGUAGAGGUGCGAUCGUACCUACUGAUAUCACUAGGCGUAUGAAGGUUGAUUUCGCCAAAGUUGAUCAUUUUCUCGACUUUAUUACAAGUUCUCAUAUUGUACAAGACAUGCCAUUUGGAGAAAAGAUGCUGAAACUUUCAACAGGGGAGGUGAUUAAAACACCUAAUGUCGUACGGAUGCUAAUACCAGAACGGAUAACACAACAGUAUUUUCAGUUUUGUACCGAGACCAAUUUCACUCCGAUGAGCAAGCGCACACAACUCCGAGUACUAGACGUUUGCUCUGCGUCAGUGCGCACCUCUCUGCAGGGCUUGGAUAACUUCUCUGCACAAGGCAGUAAGGCAAUAGAAGAUCUUAGCGAGAUAGUAGACAAGAUAGCAGAUCAAGCAAAGUCACAAGCCUGGGCCAAGGAAAUGAAACAAACACUUCGGUCUGCCAAACAAUAUCUGCGGUCUGAUUACAAGGUAAGGCUAUCUUAAUAUUUGGUUAUUCUUUUAGUAGAUUGUUAACUUUGUACUUUGGCUGGAUUGAUGCUAAAUUUAAGCGAAUUGGUCAUAAACAUGAAAGUCAACUUUCUCUGGCUGCAUUGUACUAACUAGUAUUGAGGCUAAACCUCGAAACAUUGAUUAAGCGGAAGCUAUCUUCAAUUUGCGCCCUUUAAGCGGUUCGGACAAGCUUUAAUAAGUUUCAAACUUCUUUUACUACUUUUAAAAGAUUUUACCCUAAAGCAGCUGAUAUUAAUAACGAAAAAUCAUAGUAAAAAUUAUGAUGAUAGUGAUAACUAUGAUGAUGACGACGAUAAUAAUCUUUCACAUUUUAGGUGCACGUUACAAUGGAAUCAGAAGUUGCCGAUCACUGUUUAACGUUUUCCCUAAGUGAUCCUAAAAAUAGUUGUUUUCAAGGAAAGUGUAACCAUAACCACGAUGAGGUCUGCUACGAAUGCAAUAAAUUAACCGGGGUGCUGUCUACCAUAAAAGAAGCGUGCGCAGAACUUCAGUCUGAAGAAGAAAGAGAUGACAGUAUCUGUUUAGUGGCUCAAGCUGAAAAGGACAUUUUGGCAUGGAAAGCUCACCAACUCCGAACAGUUAACCAGGAUCAAGCAAAACAUGACGUGUUAGAUGUCAUAUUUCGGAGUUCAGCAUUAUUAGUUAUGGACUGGGCGAUGAAAUUCUUACCGCGAAAGUUUUGCGAAUCACAGUGUGACUGGUUCGCCAAACGUGGUAUUCCAUGGCACAUCACAGUGGCUUUUACAAGAUCAGAAGCAAAUGCCCCGCUUGAGAAGCUCACUUUUGUCCACCUGUUUCAGAGUUGCCCUCAGGAUAGCGUUGCAGUAACCACCAUUUUACAAGAUGUUAUCGAGAUGUUAAAGGAGCGUCGGCCACAACUGCAAAAAGUGUAUUGCAAACAGGACAACGCAGGAUGUUAUCAUUGUGGGUCAACAAUUGUAGGAAGCAGGUUGAACAGUCUUUCUGAUGUCAAGGUGGAGAGGUUCGACUUUUCAGAUCCACAAGGGGGCAAGGGAGAAGCCGACCGCCAGGCCGCAACAAUUAAAGGACAUAUCAAGGUGUACUUAAACAAGGGGCACGAUGUGAACAACGCUACACAGAUGAAAGAAGCCAUUGAAUCAAAUGGCGGUAUUCCUGGCGUUAUUGUCAAGUAUGUGAAGCCUCCCGAACUAUCUGCUGGCAAAAACGUGAUCAAAUGGGACGGAAUUAGUACGCUUAAUAACUUCCAGUUUUGUCCAAAUGGUAUCACAACAUGGAAGGCUUAUAACAUCGGGCCCGGAAAGCUGGUACCAUGGAAGGACAUUCAAACCGAUGGUAUCUUUCCUGCUACACUUGAAGUUUUGGAGCCUCCUGAUACCCGCUCUCAGCAGUCAAGCUUUAGAAAAAUCAAUCCUAGAAAGGAAUUGCAGCAAAAAUCUUUGUCCGAACAACGGCUGAGUAGUCCUGACCAGCAAGAGACAGCAGGACAAGACAUUGAUGUAGAAAAAGAGAAAGAGGAAGUAAGCGGCCUUUUUACCUGCCCAGAAGAUGGGUGUAUUCAGACACUCCAUCGGUACUCAAGUUUGCAAGCACAUUUAGACGAAGGAAAGCACAAGCGCGCGCUAGAAAAAGAAACACUGUUUGACAAAGCCAGAAAAGGAUACGCUGCGAGAAUAACUGGAGAGCAAACGAAAGUUCUAACUUUUGGUUUCUACGCGGCAUCAAAAAUCUCAGUUGAUAAACUACACUCCACACUUGAGAUGGGAUGGGCACUUAAAACAACAAGGAGUAGAACCCAGUUUACAGAAGAACAAAGAAAGUUCCUCACAGAACAGUUUCUCAUCGGGGAGGAGUGUGGUAAAAAGGCAGAUCCACAACAGGUAUCGCAAGAAAUGCGAAGAGUGAGGGACGAAAAGGCUGCUCGUAUUUUCAGUGGAAAGGAUAUUCUUUCGCCACAGCAGGUGGCAGGAUUCUUCUCAAGACUGGCAGCAAGGAUUCGAAAAACGUCAGCAACAUCGAACGAAGAAAGUGGAAGUGAAGACGAAGAGCAGUGUGCAGUCGAGGCAGAGGCCUUACAUUCGCACCUAAAGGAAGUUGUCAGCGAAGAAAUUGCUUUACGUCACCCCAUUGUCGCCCUUUCCCGUAACAUUUGCAGUUUGGUUCAUACAAAGAAAUUAUCUACCUUAACAGUUGCAGUGCUAAGGGACAUUUGUGAAGAUAUUGGCUUAAACGUGGAUGAUAUCACGGAGAAACGAAAAAAGCCACUUAUAAGUCGUAUUACGCAGGUCGUUAAGGAGUGCUCUUGUGCUCGAGUGUAA